AUGGUAGACGGUGACCCGCUAAUAGGUUGUAGUGACGACGACCAAAUGGUGGUUGAACGUGGCGGCGGGAUAGGGUUAGGGCUACUCGUAUUGAUAGAAGGUAGAAGCGGGGAGACAACGGGGGUGGCGGACAUCGGUGACGGAAAAGGUGGACUUUCAGGGGAUCUGACUAACCACCACCGACGAACCAUCCUUUCUUUCUCAUACGAUCGGCGCACCAGAUCUCGAGAUUAA